CUCCCUCACUCCACAAACCCUAGCCCUCUUCUGUUCUGCCUUCCUCUCUCUCCGAAGAUGGCUUCACGCAGACUCGUUUCGUCUCUGCUUCGAUCUUCUAUCCGCAGAUCUCAAUCCAAACCUUCAAUUGCCGCAUCUGCGUCCAGAAUCUCUUCCACCAACCGCGCUUCGCCGCACGGAUUCUUGCUCAACCGCAUCGCGGAGUACGCCACCGCGUCUGCCGCUGCUGCCGCUCCUCCUUCUGCGCCUCCGCAGAAGAAGGAAGUUGGCGGUGGUGGGAAGAUCACCGAUGAGUUCACUGGGAAGGGCGCGAUCGGACAGGUUUGCCAGGUAAUUGGUGCCGUCGUUGAUGUCAGAUUUGACGAGGGUUUGCCUCCGAUCCUGACUGCACUCGAGGUUCUGGAUCACUCCUCCAGACUGGUGUUGGAAGUCGCUCAGCAUUUGGGUGAGGGCGUUGUCCGAACCAUUGCUAUGGAUGCCACUGAAGGAGUCGUUAGAGGGUGGCGCGUCCUCAACACCGGCUCCCCCAUCACUGUUCCUGUUGGUAGGGCUACCCUUGGCCGUAUCAUUAAUGUCAUUGGCGAGGCUAUUGACCAGAAGGGUGACCUCACAACCGAGCAUUAUUUGCCUAUUCAUAGAGAAGCUCCUGCUUUUGUUGAGCAAUCAACUGAGCAGCAGAUUCUUGCUACUGGGAUCAAGGUUGUUGACCUGCUUGCACCUUAUCAAAGAGGAGGAAAGAUUGGGCUGUUUGGUGGGGCUGGUGUAGGAAAAACUGUCCUUAUUAUGGAACUUAUUAACAAUGUUGCAAAAGCUCAUGGUGGUUUCUCUGUGUUUGCUGGUGUUGGAGAACGAACCCGUGAGGGUAAUGACUUGUAUAGAGAAAUGGUUGAGAGUGGUGUUAUCAAGCUUGGUGAGAAGCAGAGUGAAAGCAAAUGUGCUCUUGUGUACGGUCAAAUGAAUGAGCCCCCUGGUGCUCGUGCUCGUGUUGGUCUUACUGGGCUUACUGUGGCUGAGCACUUCCGUGAUGCUGAAGGGCAAGAUGUGCUUCUUUUUAUAGACAACAUUUUCCGUUUUACCCAAGCUAACUCAGAAGUGUCUGCUUUGCUUGGUCGAAUCCCAUCUGCUGUCGGUUACCAACCAACCUUGGCUACUGAUCUUGGAGGUCUUCAAGAGCGUAUUACAACAACCAAAAAGGGUUCAAUCACCUCUGUCCAAGCUAUCUAUGUGCCAGCUGAUGACUUGACAGAUCCUGCUCCAGCAACAACCUUUGCUCAUCUUGAUGCUACAACUGUGUUGUCACGACAGAUCUCCGAGCUUGGUAUCUAUCCUGCUGUUGACCCCUUUACCAAAAGGAAAGAACCCAGGGCUUCGGAUGUGAAUAUAGUGUCACUCCCUCACUCCACAAACCCUAGCCCUCUUCUGUUCUGCCUUCCUCUCUCUCCGAAGAUGGCUUCACGCAGACUCGUUUCGUCUCUGCUUCGAUCUUCUCUCCGCAGAUCUCAAUCCAAACCUUCAAUUGCCGCAUCUGCGUCCAGAAUCUCUUCCACCAACCGCGCUUCGCCGCACGGAUUCUUGCUCAACCGCAUCGCGGAGUACGCCACCGCGUCUGCCGCUGCUGCCGCUCCUCCUUCUGCGCCUCCGCAGAAGAAGGAAGUUGGCGGUGGUGGGAAGAUCACCGAUGAGUUCACUGGGAAGGGCGCGAUCGGACAGGUUUGCCAGGUAAUUGGUGCCGUCGUUGAUGUCAGAUUUGACGAGGGUUUGCCUCCGAUCCUGACUGCCCUCGAGGUUCUGGAUCACUCCUCCAGACUGGUGUUGGAAGUCGCUCAGCAUUUGGGUGAGGGCGUUGUCCGAACCAUUGCUAUGGAUGCCACUGAAGGAGUCGUUAGAGGGUGGCGCGUCCUCAACACCGGCUCCCCCAUCACUGUUCCUGUUGGUAGGGCUACCCUUGGCCGUAUCAUUAAUGUCAUUGGCGAGGCUAUUGACCAGAAGGGUGACCUCACAACCGAGCAUUAUUUGCCUAUUCAUAGAGAAGCUCCUGCUUUUGUUGAGCAAUCAACUGAGCAGCAGAUUCUUGCUACUGGGAUCAAGGUUGUUGACCUGCUUGCACCUUAUCAAAGAGGAGGAAAGAUUGGGCUGUUUGGUGGGGCUGGUGUAGGAAAAACUGUCCUUAUUAUGGAACUUAUUAACAAUGUUGCAAAAGCUCAUGGUGGUUUCUCUGUGUUUGCUGGUGUUGGAGAACGAACCCGUGAGGGUAAUGACUUGUAUAGAGAAAUGGUUGAGAGUGGUGUUAUCAAGCUUGGUGAGAAGCAGAGUGAAAGCAAAUGUGCUCUUGUGUACGGUCAAAUGAAUGAGCCCCCUGGUGCUCGUGCUCGUGUUGGUCUUACUGGGCUUACUGUGGCUGAGCACUUCCGUGAUGCUGAAGGGCAAGAUGUGCUUCUUUUUAUAGACAACAUUUUCCGUUUUACCCAAGCUAACUCAGAAGUGUCUGCUUUGCUUGGUCGAAUCCCAUCUGCUGUCGGUUACCAACCAACCUUGGCUACUGAUCUUGGAGGUCUUCAAGAGCGUAUUACAACAACCAAAAAGGGUUCAAUCACCUCUGUCCAAGCUAUCUAUGUGCCAGCUGAUGACUUGACAGAUCCUGCUCCAGCAACAACCUUUGCUCAUCUUGAUGCUACAACUGUGUUGUCACGACAGAUCUCCGAGCUUGGUAUCUAUCCUGCUGUUGACCCCUUGGAUUCUACAUCUCGUAUGCUGUCACCCCUUAUUUUGGGUACGGAACACUAUGAAACUGCUCGUGGUGUACAGAAGGUUCUUCAGAACUACAAGAAUCUUCAAGAUAUCAUUGCUAUUUUGGGAAUGGACGAGCUUAGUGAAGAUGAUAAAUUGACUGUUGCCCGUGCUCGCAAGAUUCAGCGAUUCUUAAGCCAGCCUUUCCAUGUUGCUGAAGUCUUCACUGGUGCUCCAGGAAAAUAUGUUGAAUUGAAGGAGAACAUUAGCAGCUUCCAGGGUGUGUUGGAUGGCAAGUACGAUGACCUCCCAGAGCAAUCCUUUUACAUGGUUGGUGGCAUUGAAGAGGUCAUUGCCAAGGCCGAGAAAAUUGCUAAGGAGUCUGCCGCAUCUUAAUCACAUACACAGCCCUGCUAUCAUUUUAGUCCUUUUUUUUGUAAUUGCUAAAUUUAAUAAUUUAGGAACUAUUGGCAAUGCCAAACGACAAAAUUUUCCAUUUUUUGGGUAUGAAAAUGUGCCAGGUUAUUUCCUUCAUUUUAAUGCUGCCACUGUGAGAUGAACUAAGGUCCUGGGUCUGUGGCCAACUGCCCCCCUUCUUUUUAAGUUGUGUUAUUUAAUAAGGGGAAAGGGCAAGAGGAUGUAUAUUUUUACUUUCUGGUUGAGAACGAUGGAUGCAUCAAUGUUAAAACUUUGCAACUGUUCCAUCUGGUACU